GUCAGCAGCAGCAGCAACCCGCGGGCGGUCGAUCAAACUGGAAUCUGUGCAUGUUGGGAGGUGUGUGCGAGCACAGCAUAGCACAGCGCAGCACCGCAUAGCAUACGCACAGCACGCCGCUCGAGAAUUCCUUGGUUCGACGAGGCGAGCCAAUUCCAUCAGCAGCCACCUUCGCUGCCUUUGACGACACGUGCGGCGCUUCUCUUAACAUUAUCUGCCGCCACCGCUGCAUUCGACUCGAUUUUCAGAUCGCUUUUGGCUUUGCCGUUGUUGGCGGGUGCAGGCAAGAAAUCCUUCCAGCUCGGAUACUUUCUCGGCCACCCACUCACGUAUGCUGGUUCUCCUGACCUGAGGCGCAUCGCACCGGAACGACGGUAGGUGCACGGCCGCUUCUUGCAUCAUGCCUCUCAGCAAAAGCGGCAGCGCCAACCAGGGGCAGGCCAGCCCGGGCACGUACCCACGCCCCGUGACACGUGCAGCCUGCCUCAACUGCCGCACAGCCAAGCGGCGCUGUGACGGCGUCGCGCCCGUCUGCGGGCCGUGCGUCUCGCGCGCCAUCCCCGCCGGCGCGUCCGCUGCCGAUGGCGGGUGCUUCUUUAUUGCAUCUAAGCGUGGAGGGCCCCGGUACAAGGGCGUCAAGGGCUGCGAUGUCGCUCGCGUCCGCGCUGAGCGCGAGCUGGGCUCCCGCGAGCGCAAGGACGCUGCUUCCGCGGCCAGCGUCCUCGUCGCCGCUGCCGCGGCCGUGGCCGCAGCCAACCAGCCGACUACGUCGCGCAGCGCUACGAGCGGAGAUUGCGCGGAGGUAGGCACAAAAGUAGCUGCGGUUGCGCACAACGCACAUGCAAAUGAAAACGUCGCCCCUGCCGGCAUCAGAGCACGCAAGCGCACGGCGGACGGCGGCAGCCACGGCCAUCCGCACGUGGAUGGCGGGAGCGCCAGCGCUCAGAGCGAUGCAGAUGGCAGCGUCAAGCGCAAGACCAGCUACUAUGGCAAUGGAAAUGGCGCCAGGGAUGACGCCGCCUCGGGUUUACAGCCUGUGCACCAGCUGUAUCAACCUCAGUAUCAACAGGCGCAGGAUCCUCAUCAUCAUCAUCAACAGCCACCGCCCCGGCCGCGGCCUGAGCGCUAUGCGUCGAACUCGGAGCCCUCACAGCAUUAUUCAGCCCAGUUCUCGCAGUCGCCGCCAACGUAUGCAUCCGCAGGCGUCACAUGCCAGCCUCCGCCGAACGGUGCGCUAAAUCACUCGCAUUCUGCGGACGCUGGCGUUUUGUUGCCCCACCAGCAGCGGCAGCAUGACCUUUCCAUGUCCAACCUCGAGCUUUGGCAGCGCAUCCAGGCGCAAGCGGCUGCAUUCGCCGCUAGCAAUGGUCAGACCUACCGUCCAUCCGCUGUGCAGCACCAUCAGCAACAGGGACACAGACUUGCUUCGAAUGAGGACGCAAAUCCGCACCUAGCCGCCAUGACGCCACCGCAGCAACAUCAAAAUAAGGAUCGGAAAGAGCAACAGCGAAAGCAGCAGCUGCCGAAACAACAAAGUCAGAAACAAGGGCAGGGGCAGUUGCAUCAACAACAAAAGCAACAACAGCAACCACCGCCACCACCACCAGGGUCGCACUUCCCGCCGCACCAACAAGAGCUACCUCCACAGCCAACACCGCCACCGGUCUUCGCGACGACGGUGGUGACGGACAUGGAUAAUUGGAUGGACUUCAACAUGCUUGACACCUUCUUCAACCAGGUGCAGCACUUGCCCAGGGGGGUCAAUAUUGGCGCCUGGGGCGACGGCGACGAUGAGCACCUGGCCAUGGAGCUGAUGAGCAACUCGUCCAGCGCCUCGGACAUUGACCCGGUAGAUUCGGAGCAACAGGCGCGCACGCUGCUCGCACAGUACUACAAGCACGUCUACCCCCUCCUCGCCGUUCUCCUACCGCCAGGCCAUCUGUCGACGUACGCGUUUUUCUUUGCCGAGGGACGACCCUCGGCUCUCCUCUCCGCCAUAGCAGCCUGUGUUGCCACCUGUUGCAGCGAAGAGGACGCACGCGCAACGAUCCGAAGCAGCAUCAAGCGCCAGCAGCGCAUCCAUGUCGGCAGCAGCCGUGUGCAUAAAAACGGUAACGGCGCAGGCACCAGCGACGCUGGAGGUCAAGCCACGACCCCUUCGCUGCUCGGGCCGACUGCGACGCGCGCGGAAAUUGCACGCUACCACUGCCGCACCGCCGAGAUCCUCCUGCAGCGCGACCGCGAGCUGCUCGACAGCAUGCAGUCCUGCGCGCCUGCUGCGCAUACCAUCACCCACGGCACCGGUCCCUCCGCUGAGCACCGAGCCAAUGGAAAUACCAGAUCGCCGUCCAUGCGCGCUUCGGUCGGCGGCACUGGCGCGCACACAGGCGCGCGGACGGACGAUAAGAGCUCGCGCCUCGGCCCGUCCUCCGGCAAGAUGGACGUUGAGCUGAUGCAGAUCGAGGAGGCCGCCGCGCGCGUCUUGCUCGCGCACUACCACUACGGCGCUGGGCCUGAUGCGACGCAUCGUAUGGCUUUCGACCACGCGCGUAAGGCGUGGAUGUUGUCCACCACGUUCGAACUCAAGCGCUCCACCGCGAGUGCUCCUGCAGGUCGUGCCAGCGGUCGCCGCGGCGAGAUGCAAGUGGACGCCUCGCUGCCAGGCAUGCAGGCCGCUUUCGGCAACGCGGACCGGUGCGAGUGGAAGCGCAGAGUCCAUUGGCUCGCCUAUACGGCUGCAACGCAUCUCACCUGCCUUGGCGGUUUCAAACCGCUCAAAAUCACCAAGAAUCGCAUCACCGACCUUGACUACCGCCCAUACAUCGAGUGCGACGACGCCGCAUUUGGCGUCUACAUCCGCGGCGCGCAGACCGUCUCACGUGCCUACUCGAAGAUCUACAGUCUCGACUCGAUCCGCGUCAAAGUCAUGCGCGUGCGCGAGGGCAAGUACACGCCCGCACAGGCGCAGGCUGAGCUGAAGAACCUCACCAUCAGGCGUCAGAAGGUGCUGAAGGAGAUGCUCCGGCUCGACGCCGAGGUCCUCAAUUUCACCCGCUUCGAUCCUAGCUGGAAACGCAACGAGCACGAGUUCUCUAUCAGCGAUGACCCUGACCGCAACCUCUGUGCUGGGCUGCGCAUCAGCGGCAAGCUCAUGACCUCGGGCGCGCUUGUCAUGCUGCAUCGUACCACCGCCUUUGGCAAUGCUCGCAUCUUCCUCGAACCGCAGUGCGGUAUCCCUGGAGCUCAAGCACUUGAGGACAACUUUGACAGCUUCUUCAUCGCCGAUACCAUUCCCGGCGCUGCGUGCUUCAGCAGCUCAUUGUCUUCUGCUGCCUCGUUGAACCAGAGUGUCAGCUCCAAGGAGCAGGACAAUUGCCUCUGGUACCGCGGGUCAGAGGCGGUCGACGGUGCCGAUCAGCAAAGCUCCGACGAGGGCGAUGACGAUCAGCGGAGCCCAGCCACCAAGCACGGCGGCGUCACCACACUCAGCGCCCCCAUCUCCACCUGGAAUCUGAACAACCGAGGCGACAGCGGUUGCAUCACGCCGGACGACUCGGCUCAGCACGCCCCCAGAAUCGGUGAGGAGAACGAUCCCUUCGCCGACGGGCCGUACGACCCGGCGCUAUCGUACGAGCGCUGCCGCUUUGCCGCGUACACCAUGUGGUCCACGCUCCCUUACGUCCUUGGCCACUUCAACCCGGGCCGCAAGGACGAGGAGUGGUCCGAUGCGGAGCUUCACACGGCCCCCUUGCUGCCGCCGCUAUCGUGCUGCUCGUACGUGCUGGGCUCGUACGCAAUGCUCAUGCAGUGCCUGUUCGUCCAGCUCUACGGCCAAGAACGAACGACGGCGGACAUGCUGCGCGCGCGCGCAUGGCAGAUCGAGAAGGCGCUCCGGCGCUUUGUGCGCCACUGGAGCACGCUUUCCGAGUACGCCAACGAGGUUGCCACACUACUCGUCGCCAACCAGAGCCUGGUUGAGAACAAGAACGACGAUGGCCUCGUCGACCUCCGCGGCUCAGCACUGCCCCAGCAAGGCACUUGAUGACCCGAUUGCAAUUUUCGUUAGCCUCUUGGGACGCAACGUAAGACAAUACGUUUUUUGGCUUUUCAAUGUUUUUUUUGACAGUCAUUUCGUCCCCUGAGCACGCCGUGCUGUUUAUGUGCGGCUCUGUAUCGUAGCACUGCCUGUUUCAUAGGAACGAAUACCAGUCUUUCUUCUAAAGCG